AUGGAAGAACAAACCAGAGCAACCAAAGAACAAGGAAAGGAGAGAAGAACAAGUUUCAGAGACCAUAGAACUUACGCCGAUAUGAUGAGGCCGACUCAUACAACAAAUCCCCACAUUCCUAGUCCAAAAACUACGAGACCCUUAAAUCUACAUCGUAAACUGGACACCCUCAAUUGGUUGAGGAAGACAAUAAUAGUUGGUGAAGCAAUGUCGCUAGACCAUUUAGAGAACCUCCCUAAACUGCUAAGGCCAAAAGGCGAGUCUAGUAUGGAGAUAAAAUACAUUGGAGGAUUGAGGGUCCUAAUAUUAUUUGAUUAUUCUGUAGCCGCAAAGGAGUUCAUGGAAAACGAAUGCAGGUGGAAGCAACAUCUGAAAUGGUUAAGAUGGGGCGACAAGACAGAGACACAUGCAGAACGAGUAGCAUGGAUCAGAAUUAUGGGACUUCCAUUACAUCUUUGGGGACAACGUAAUUUCAAGACAAUCACGAGUGUUUAUGGGAAAACCAUUGCCCCCUUCAAAGACAUCCCACAUAGAGUAGACCUAUCACAUGUAAAGAUAGGUAUACUUACAAAAAACAAGAUACGUAUAUACGACGAGGUUACUUCUACAUUCAAAGGGAAGGAGUAUAGGCUGGGGAUAAUUGAAUUUGAUGAAGGUUUGUUCCCAUUCACAAAAAAGAAAAGAUUAGACAGGAGAAUACAGUGA